AUGUCUCAUAUUCAUACCGUCCCAGGGCUCAAUGACCCGUCACUGCUGAAGACAGGAGUUGCAUACGUCAAUGGGGAAUGGGUGAAGGCCAGAUCGGGGAAGACAUUUGAAGUGCAUGAUCCCUCCUCUGGAAAACUCAUUGGCACCGCCCCAGAAUUUGACGCCGCUGAUACCCAACGUGCUAUCGACGCUGCGGCUACCGCACUCCCCUUAUUUCGAGCAAAGACAGGCCGGGAACGCUCGAAGCUUCUAAGGAAGUGGUACGACCUGAUGGUUGAAAACUCCGAGGACAUUGCGAAGCUUAUUACGUGGGAGAAUGGCAAGCCUCUGGCAGAUGCGAAGGGGGAGGCAGCAUAUGCUGCCACGUUCUUGGAGUGGUUCAGUGAGGAGGCACCAAGAAUAUACGGAGAGACAAUUCCGGCAUCAAUUGCUGGCAAUAGGGUGGUGACAAUGAAGGAGCCAGUCGGUGUCUGCGGGCUUAUCACACCUUGGAACUUCCCAGCGGCCAUGAUCACCCGAAAGAUUGGCCCUGCUCUUGCGGCGGGCUGCACAGUGGUAGCCAAGUCUCCCGGCGAAACACCAUUUACAUCCCUCGCUCUUGUCGAACUCGCCCACAGAGCUGGUAUUCCCAGAGGUGUCGUCAACAUCGUCAGCGGACUCAAGAACACUCCAGAGAUUGGCGAAAUCCUCACCACAUCCCCAGCUAUCAAGAAGGUAUCCUUCACAGGAUCUACGCCCGUUGGUAAACUCCUCAUGAAGCAAUCGUCCUCCACCUUGAAGAAACUCUCCUUUGAACUCGGCGGUAACGCACCAUUCAUCGUGUUUGACGACGCAGAUGUCGAUACUGCCGUCGCAGGCGCAGUUGCAAGCAAAUUCCGCUCUUCAGGGCAAACAUGCGUCUGUGCCAACAGGCUAUACGUACAAGCUGGGAUCUACGACCAAUUUGCGCAAAAGCUCGCUGCCAAAGUGAGAGACUUCAAGGUUGGUGGUGGUUACACGGAAGGUGUAACUCACGGUCCGGUAAUCCACGACCGAGCUGUCACCAAAGUCGAUGCUCACGUACGCGAUGCUGAAAAGAAGGGAGGGAAAGUAAUCCAAGGUGGAGAAAAAAUGCCCGAACUUGGCGCCAACUUCUUCCAACCUACCAUCAUCACAGGUAUGACUAUGGAUAUGGCUCUCGCAUCUGAAGAGACAUUUGGUCCCGUAGCCGGAAUUUUUAAAUUCGACACCGAGGAGGAGGUCGUCAAGAUGGCUAACUCAUCCGAGGUUGGUCUAGCCGGUUACUUCUUCUCACGAGAUUUGCAGCGCGUUAAUCGAGUUGCGGAAGGACUUGAAGUGGGAAUGGUCGGUGUGAACACGGGGUUGAUCAGCGAUGCUGCGGCGCCGUUUGGCGGAGUAAAGGAGUCUGGUUUUGGGAGAGAGGGCAGUAAGUAUGGGAUUGCGGAAUUCCAGAUCAUUAAGACUAUCACUUAUGGUGGUAUGGGUGGGCCUUUGCAGACUUGA